GGUCAGACUUAAAAACCCGGAAUCCACUUUCAAAUCCCCAAAUUCUUAAUUCCUAGGGUUUGGUCUGCUUCACCUCUCUCAAAUCCCUCUAUCAAACCCAAAAUAAUAUUUAGGGUUUACGUAAAAAAUGCCUCAAAGACACUCAAAAAACAACAACGAUUUAGCUUUUUUCACGUACGAUGAGAAGAGAAAGCUAGGUUAUGGGACACAAAAGGAGAGACUUGGAAAGGAUUCGAUUAAGCCAUUCGAUGCUUGCUGUCUCUGCUUGAAACCAUUUAUUGAUCCAAUGUCUUGUCAGAAAGGUCAUGUCUUUUGUAAAGAAUGCAUAUUAGAAUGCCUCUUAGCCCAAAAGAAAGACAUUCAAAGGAAGCUAGCUGCCCAUGAAUUACAGAAGAAGCAGGAAAAGGAUGAGGAGAAAGAGAAGUUCAUGUUGCAGAAAGCAAGGGAGCUUGAUGCAUUUGAUCAGCAAAAUCAUGGUGCAGUUCCACAGUACAGCGAUAGAAACCACAGCCAAGACAAGCCAGGGUUCCACGGGGCAAACAGUGUGAAGGUCACUUCGUAUGAAGAGGAAGCUCUCCGGACAAUGAAAGCAUUUUGGCUACCCUCAGCUACACCAGAUGCUCCUGUUAAAGUGGACGCUCCUUCCACAAGUACUGUCUGCCCAGAAGGCAAGGAAAAGCUCAAGCUGAAGAGCCUGUUCCCUGUUUACUUUACAGAAGACACCAGUGAAAAGAAAUCAUCCAGUUCUCUUGAUAAGACCUACAUUUGUCCUAGCUGCAAGGUUACUCUCACCAACACACUAUCACUAGUGGCACUUAGUUCCUGUGGUCAUGUCUUCUGCAAGAAGUGCUCUGACAAAUUUAUGGCUGUCGAUAAGGUUUGUCUGGUUUGCACUAAGGGAUGUAAAGAGCGCAAUUUGGUGAACUUGGGAAAAGGUGGAACAGGCUUUGCUGGCCAUGGGGAUCAUCUCAUGGCAACAGAGUUCAAGCAUUUGGGUAGUGGUUCAGGAUUGGGACUUGUGAGACCAGCCGCAAAGUCUUAAACUCCAAGCAAUUGUUUAAUAUGGUAAUCUUGUUCCAGCUACUUUUGCAUCAUCUGAAAAUGGCAAACCAAGGUCCUUUUGCCUAGACUGGCAUCAAUCUGGUUUGCAGUGUGAUAUGUAUCAUUUGUAUACUGUCAGAUAACUAUUGGUAAUACAUUUCUCUAUAUCAAGCUGAUAAAUUUUGGUA